UCUGCCGGCUCCGCCUUGUGACUCCGAAACGUGGCGGAUCUGAACAGCGGAAGCCGUGUUCCGAGUUUUCGGGGUGUACAUAUCGUUCAGAGGGGCCACGCUCGGAUAUCGCCCCCUCCCCCGUUUCCCUCCUCCCCAACCGCUCGCGCCUUAUCUCGGGCGGUCUUUUGUCUCAAGCGAUCACGAGUUAACGCCGUGCGCAGUGGCCGCUCGACCCGAGCCGAUUAUCAAUCGCGUUCGACCGACCGAUCGGUGGGCGGCUUUUUUCUAGGCCUUACGCCCCCCUGUUGCCCUCUCUGUAGGCUCGUGGUGUGUCCUGCCUUAUUCUACGACUGGUCGUUUGUCGUUACGUAUUGUUCUUUUUUUUUUCUUCGUAUGUUUUUGAAUCGCGCGCGGUACUGCUACGCUGUUCUUCUGUGUGUGGUGAACGUCUGUUACGUUGAUGUCGCAACUCGUGUGACUGUCACGGUGUGUUCCUCCUGAUCAUCGUCGUCGUCGUCGCUGUUACGGAUCGUCGUGUCUUGCCACCCUCGUUGUGUCGUCGCUGCCGGUCGAGCACGUGGUGACUCGAAGCUGCUGGGCCACGUCUACUAGGACUACCGGCGCCUUAACGCGAGAUUUUCUCCCUCGAGUGGCCCUUUCACCGCACGUAUAGCGUGCGUCGUGAAUGUGGACUGUCGCGAAGAGCCAAGAAUCUUUCGGAAGGCGCUGUCCGGUUACCCGAAGGGACCGACCCAAGUUUGCGGCGGCGGCUACUUCCUUUGUGACUGCUGCUGCUACUGCUGAUGCUGUGACGCUGUAACGCCCGUCCCCCUUUUGUUGUCCUGUGUUCCAACUCUUCGUUGCCCGCGCUCCCCCCCCCAAAAAAAAAUUAUACCUCGUCGUCGCUGCCUGUCUUGUGGCCGUUCUUUGUGCGGGUUGUGACUGUGCGAAGGCAUGACCGAUAAGGAGAUUGCCAAAAUAGAAGCGAUCGUGGAGCGUAUUUGUCCGAGAACGAUGAAUUCUCCGGUGGGCAAGGACCAGCCUGACCCGGACGCCAUCAAGAUGUUUGUGGGCCAGAUUCCGCGGUCGUGGGACGAGAGCGACCUGAAGAAGAUGUUCGAGGACUUUGGGCCCGUCUACCAGAUCAACGUGCUCCGGGACAAGGCCACCGGAACCAGCCGAGGCUGCUGCUUUGUCACAUUCUACACGCGCAAGUCUGCCCUGGACGCCCAGAACGACCUACACAACAUGAAGACCCUUCCCGGGAUGCAUCAUCCGAUACAGAUGAAACCGGCUGACAGCGAAAACAGGAACGAGCGCAAGCUGUUCAUCGGCAUGCUGGCCAAGGAGUGCAACGAAAACGACGUUCGAGUGAUGUUCUCUCCCUUCGGCUCCAUCGAGGAGUGCACUGUUCUCAGGGACGGAAACGGACAGAGCAAAGGCUGCGCGUUUGUCACGUACGCCAGCAGACAGUGUGCCAUCAACGCCAUCAAAGCCAUGAACCACUCGCAGACCAUGAAGGGCUGCAACAACCCGAUGGUGGUGAAGUUCGCCGACACGCAGAAGGAGAAGGAGCAGAAGCGUCAGCAGCAGGUCAUGACGAACCUGUGGACCAUGGCCAACUUCGUCAACCUCGGCACCGUCACGCCCCAGUACCUCGCCCAAGCUGCUCAGGCAGGCGCGUUUCCAGGCUUUGCCAAUCUUCCGCAGCUGAGCAGUGGUCUUGGAUCCCUGAAUGUGCAGCAGCAACUGGCAGCCCUAGCGGCAGCUCAGGCAUCGGCCAACAACUCCAGCACAGGGCUGAACUCGCUCGGUCUCCAGGGUCUCACGGGGCAGGGAGUCACCAGCGCUCUGGCUUUGCCCAGCUCUGGUAACAACUCCACCGACCUCAGCUGUGCGAAUUUACAAAGCCUCGCUGCACUUGCAAACCUAGCCAAUAGUCCAGGCAUCAACCCCAUGGUAGUGCAGAACCUGGCGGCGCUAGCGGCAGCCGGCAGUGGAAACAACUCUGCCGGUAUUCCGGGGCUCUCGGCGGCGGCAGUCCUCAGCAGACGCAGUUCGGCAGGAAAUGUGUCUGGGAGCACGUCAAGUGGCAAUUCAUCCCUGAGUGGCGUCAGCUCUUUGAGUCCUGUGUCCAGUAUGGCCCUGGGUAUGAGCACCAACUCGCUCACGACAAUGGGCGCGCUCACUAACGUCAACGGUGCGGGUGGUCUGACUGCCAACGGUCCGAGCCUGGAUGCCCUGGCACAGGCCUAUUCUGGUAUGCAGCAGUAUCCAUCUGUGCCUGGAGCUUUUGCGCAGAUUGGUCUGCAGCAGUCACAGAACCCUGUUGGAAAGCAGGUUGAAGAGUGCUUCUUCGCGGCUGCCUCGUACGCAGGUCCCGAGGGGGCCAACCUCUUCAUCUACCACCUGCCGCAAGAGUUCACCGACAGUGACUUGGCGCAGACCUUCAUGCCCUUCGGCAAUGUCAUCUCCGCCAAGGUGUUCAUCGACAAGCAGACCAACCUCAGCAAGUGCUUUGGUUUUGUGAGCUACGACAACUCGCUAAGCGCGCAGGCGGCCAUUCAGGCGAUGAACGGCUUCCAGAUCGGCACCAAGCGACUCAAAGUGCAGCUCAAGCGGUCGAAAGACGCCAGCAAGCCCUACUGAGACGAUGACCUCCCCCACCCCCUUGACUCGAGGCGGACACCAGGAAUUGCCUGGAACGUUCGUUGUCUCCUGUCCUGUGUCACGUGAGCAGUCCUGGGCUUAAGCCUGCACAUGCGUACGCACGCCAGCACUACAACAGCAACACCCUUCUCGUACCCUCCCAGUGUGCGCGGGCCUCUGGCAGACUUUUUUACGAAGCAGCGAUGAGCGAGCGGUAAAGAGGAUGCGAAAAAAAAGGGAAGAAACACAGCGAGAGGCCGAGAGUGAAAGAAAGAAAGAGAAAACGACCACGAGACUGUCACCGGUUUCCUGUGCUUCUCUCUCUCUCUUUUUUUCCCUCUCCCUCCCUUUUGUCAGCAGUGCCACGACGACACAAUGCCUCCCACCCACUGUGUCCCUUCCUCUCGCCUUCGAAGAGCAGGCGGACGAGAGAGAGACGUUGAGACGAAGGACUCUCCUCUGAGACAGAGAAAGUGCAUUGUGUUGCGCUGUGGCAUGUUGCUGUUCAUUGUUUGUCAUUUUUCUUUUUUUUUUUUUUUUCUUUCUACAAUGUCUGGUCGACAUGUUUUGUUAGCGUUUGCACAACUGACAAAGGAAGGGAACAGGAGAGAGCUUGACCCCCUCUUUAUCGCUUUUUUUUUUGCUGCUGUUUCUUUCCCAAUCCUCGGCUAGAUCUUGUUCUCAGUCGAGCAUAGGCCUACAGGGAAGCUUUCCCUCGGCAGUUGGUCCUUCAACGUCCAGAUUGUAUUAAUGAAACCGGCAGGCCUGGCCGGAGCGUGUUGCAUAAGCCACAUGUUGUCCUCUGUUUUGUAGUGUUGAUCUGUGUUGUUUGGGUGCAGACAGUAGCGUGCAUUGGGAGUGUGUUCCUGUUUUCACUGGCUCACUGAAAUUUAGCCACUCUGUGAAUAAUGAACUAGACAAGGAGUGUGCAAAGCCAUAUCUGCACAACCAUUAAGCUAGGGUCUUGUACAAGUAAAACUUUGAUUCAUAAACACAUACUGCCAUUUUAUGUAGCAGCCGCCCUGCAUUGUACUUGUAGUCGUACGACAACACCGCACACUGCCGCAUCGUAUCUUGGUGUGACGUACACCACUGUGUGCAUGUGGACUGUCGUACGAGCUUAAAGAGCUUGUGCCUGCAGCUUAGUAGUCUGUGCUGCAGAGCUGUGCUUGUGUUGAAACUGGACCAACUGCCCGGGGCAAGCAACUCACGAACUGGUCUGUGUCGUCAUGGUUUGGCUCGCACAAAAUCUCGUUUGGUUUAUCAGCCAUUAACUGGCAAUUCAUAGUCGUCAGAUAGGCAGGCCAUGAAACAUUUGCUCGGUUAGACUUUCUACACUGUGGACACUUGAAAUGGUGGUGGCCAGACAAGGAGGCAAGAAGGGACAGCUCAGCAUGUAUCAUUAUCCGUUCCUUGUUUUUCCUUGUUUGCCAAUUCUGUACCAUAUUAUGUAACAUAUGUCGUCAGCCGAUAGCUGAACGUGUAAAUGGAAUCUCCACUUGCACGUGUAGAGGGGCUACCAUAAAUGCCGUGGCUGUCACAUCGUCAGCAAGGAUUGUCCUCAUAUUCUCCAGGUCUUACAGCUCUAAAGUGAGGGCGGCAUGGAACAUAUUUUUGAUGUAUUUUCUGCCUCGCAACGCAUGACAUCGGUAUGUCUAGUCCACACAAAACAUGCUUCAGCCAGGAUAACAAAGCUGUCUUCUCUCAGUGUGAGAAUAGACGUGCUCACAUCGCACAAUGCCAUGCCAUAAAUACAUCAAGUGUGCACCUUCUGGGGUGGUACUCUCGAGCAAUCACUUUUGGGUAUACGAUCACCUUUCGGGGGAUAUUGUGUGACUUGGCAAUUGCUGUGUCAAGGUAUACGGCUGAGAGUGCUGCUGGCACUGUGGAAAGAUGGCAAGAUUGGCACAAUGCCAGUAGCACUGUCAGCUGCCUACUUUGGCAUAGCCACUGCCGAGUCCUUGAAAAUCUCGCGAACAUGAGACUCGAGGAUACACCGCACCUGCUUGCCACCUAAUGUAGAUUCAGGCAGCAGACCAAAUCAGUGAUUCAAUCUGCAGACCGAGCAUGACGUUGCACGGCAUCGUGAAAUCACUGUACAAGCAGCUUGUUGCCAUUGUAGUAAUCCGGUGCUGAUGAACACGCCAUCUGUGGACCGGAUCAGUGAUGUAGUCUGUCGCAUGAAUCUACACUUAAGAGUCAGGCAAGUGCCGCCCACUACAAAGUUCAGUGAGUAAUACAUUUACCCACUUCAUGGCCUGUGUACUUUAGUGAAGACUGCAUGCUGCAGCUUUCCUUUUACCAGACGCCAAACCAUGGACCACUUCCUGGGCCCUGUGGGUCUGUGCAGUGUUGGUGAAUGCAGGUGCCGCUCCAUUGGUCUGUGUUGUCUUUCGAUGAACGUGCGUACUGUGUGUGUAAAACAGGUUCCGUCGCAGCUUUUUGUUGCCAGGAAUGACUUCAGGGUGAGAUUUCUCUUUGUCCUUUCUUGUAAAAUGUGGAAAACAGUGCAAAGUGUAAACGGCGGCACACUAAAGUAAGUCGUAGUUGCCGUCUGUGUAUUUUUUUUUUCCGUUCUUGUCUAAGAAGUUGUCUUGGGACCUGCCAGAAAACAAAGAGAGGAGCUGUUUCUUGACACGCGCAGUUCCGAGGUGUUAUGAACGUUUUGUAUUGUUUUCAAUGUCUAAUGUUGACAAAGUCAAGGGGUGGUGUGGCGUGUCCGUGUGGCAACUUGAGCUAGAUAUGAUGACACAAGAAGCUGAUAAAACGAACGCUUGCAGCAGACAGCACCUGGCAGAUAUGUUCCCUUUAGUAUGUGUGUUUUGCUUUGCCUAGAGACGUGUCCAGCCAAGCUGUGUUGUUUGACAAAAAGCGUUUCCAAAUUUUCUUUGUCGUUUAUUUUUGUUGCCUUUUUUUACCUCUAUGGUGUGUGGUUGUCAUGAUAGAAGGAUUACAAGGUUUAUCUGAUACACGUGUGGCGGUGUUUGUGGCACGUGACGGUUAACUAAAAAAGUCUUUUUUUUUUUUUUUCCUUAUGUGGUUGGUGUUGUGUAAUCAUGUUUCUUUUGUGCUUGACAUUUCUGUCUCCCUUCAUAUUUUUGGAUUGACUCUUGUCAAUUGAUUGCACUCUUGUUCUUUCUCCAAGUAUUUUUUGUUCUCGUGUAGUUUGUGGUUGCAAUUUUUUUUUUUUUUUUUUGAAGUGUACUGCGUGUGAGCUGUACUUCCCCUUUUCACAUUCUCAGUCAGGGUAUGCAUAAUGGUAACCCUUAGUAACAAUGUAAUAUAGUAGUUUUUGUAUUAUUUUUGUCCCAUUUCUGUUUGGCCAGUUGCAAUUUUCUGCCCCCAUUUUCUGUUUUUUCAUGUUUCUUUCAGCUUUUCGGUGUUUGUCAGAAUUAUGGUUUGUUGUCUGACAGAAUUGGGCUGCAUGAACACAUCAGCACUUGGAAUUUUUUUUUUUUCUGUUCAUGUUUUGGUGCCAUUUCAGAGGCUUUAAAUGCUCCUUUCUUUAUAGAAGAUUUAUUUAGAAAGUUAGUACAUUCUGCACUUUUUAUGUUAGCAAAGCUUAAAAUGAAGGUGAUUUAUAGUUUAAAUAUGCCUAAAGCAUUUUCUUGUGCCCGCAGCAGACUGAAAUGAAUUGAACACUCAUUGUUCCAUUAUGCAAGUCUCUAGUGGGUAGAUCGAAGUUUCAAGAUUUGUAGAUUUCUCAUUUCUUUCAAGAGAAUCGCUAUUACCUUUAAAUUUACUGCUUGGCACGUCUCAAAAUGCAUUUACAGAAGAGCUCUAGUUAGCACUUUAAUUUGUUGCAUGAACUGAUAAAUCUGUACGUCAAAUGCACUGUAAGCUAGCUGGGUGAUGACACUUGGCUAGCUAGUCUUCGAAGCUCUUGAUUUACUUUGCAUAUGUACAAAAUCUGUACAGCUGUAAUGUUGAUGCAUCAUUCAUUGGACUAUUGUACGUUCUUGAAAACUGACUUUUGCCUUGUCGUCUGUCAUGGCUAGUAUCGUCUGCUACGGCUUGAUAAGGGAUCAACGUGUCUAAACUGUCCUGGAAUCUCACUACAGUACUGUCCAUGAUAUUACCCCAUUUUUGGUGCACAUUUGCUGCAUGGUAAUCACCACGUUCACACCUUCCUUUCAGUGAAGUAAUGCUCAUGUGUAGCGUUAUAUUGCCAGGAAAGCCAAGUAGACUGCAGGUAAAUGAAAGAUAAGGUCAUCUGACAAGAUGGCGGCAAUUUCUCUGAGACUUAAACCACACCACAAAGGGUGUCAAAUUCUUGACAGUACGUGCCCUCCCGCCAAAAUCCUGUCUGCUAUCGCUGCUUUGCCAGCAAGAUUGGCACGUACCGAUCAGCAUUUCAGAGAGGAAUGCCGACUUUCUUCCUCAUUCAUCUGAUAAAGAAAUGUUGCAUUCAAUAGCUGCCUCACAAGAAUGCCACAAGGCAUGGUGUAUUGUCAAGGAGCUGAGCAGGUGCUUGAAGACGCAACACUUUUUUAUGCAGCAGGAAACUUUGAUUUAAAAAAAAUAAGAGUGACAAUUGCCCAUUCUUAAGCAUGUGGCUACAGCUUAGGAAGACGCUGGCUUUUGUGAUCAUUUAUUAGAAAUCUGGCAAAUGCUGCUUCCCACCAACCUGAAAGUCAUCCCAUAACAAUAGAACGGUCCUUACAAUGCAGUAUGCACAGAUAUCAAAAACUCACUACUUUGCUUUAGGCUCCUUAAGAGUACUAUUGAGCUGGAUAAUUUGGCGAGCACUCCUUAAAUGGCUUAAUUAACUUCAUUCUUAUAAUUUAGCACCCUUUAGAGUGUGCAACGGGCCUAUUUGGGUUGUAAAUUGUGUGCAUCGCACUUGUACACCCUUUAGGAUGUGAUUUUUUUCAGCUGUAGUAGUUUAUUUCGUCUGCAUUAACGCAUCCCGUAUUUUUCUGCAUGAGCAUAUAGACAUACUGCGUCAUUCGUGGCAGGAAAGGGCUGAAAGAAAGGUAAUGCGUACAAGGUUAAGGUGGUGGUCCUACUCCGGCGGCACGAGCCCCCCGUUUUCAGUACUUUUGGAGCAAGCGUGGCGGCUCUUCUACUUAGCAUAUAAAGUUGUCGUAUAUACCAUAACAAAGCUUAAUUCUUGUAGAUUCCAACUAUAUAUAAUAUAGAGCAAUUUUUUCAUGUGAUUUCGAAAUAAAUGUUCAAGAACAAGCAUGAGAUACAUGGUUUUUGCGAACUGUGUCUCAAUUGUGACCCUAUUUAGGAGAAACUACCACAUGUGCUGCAUUGCGGCUUGCACUGUAGCUUUAGGACAUAUUUAUCCGUUUCCUAAACGCAGCAAAAUAAUUUAGAAUUUUUACUUUUUGGAUAAUUUGCUUUUGAGGAUUGCCAAAUAUCGCAAACUUGCGUUGUAAACAGCCCGAUAACUACACGCUCAAGGAAGCUAAAUUUUGGAUAAAUUAGAUUUCAAGGAAUGUACAUUUAGGACGCAAAAUUUCAUUCAUGUACCUUCAUUAGUUUUAAACCGCAGCUUCGUAGCUUUAGUACCUUCCCGCAAAAAUGGGCAAAAGUAAAACCAGAAUUCUAAAUAUUGCUUAAUUUCGGCCGCAUUAUUAGGAAAACUAAUAAAGGUACAUGAAUGAAAUUUUGCAUACUAGAUGGAAAUUCCUUGAACUCUAACGUUUCCAAAAUUUUGCUUCCUUGAGCGUGUAGUUGCCGGGCCGUUUGCAAGAGAAGUUUGCGAUAUUUGGCAAUCUUCAAAAGCAAAUUAUGCAAAAAGUAAAAAUUCAAAAUUAUUUCCCCUCGUCUAGGAAACAGAUAAGUAUGUCCUAAAGCUACAGUGCAAGCCGCAUUGCAGUACAUGCGGUAGUUUCUCCUAAAUAUGGUCACAACUGAGACACAGUUCGCAAAAACCACGUAUUUCAUGCUUGUUCUUGAACAUUUAUUUCUAGAUCACAUUCAUAAAUUUCAUUAUAUAAUAUAUAGUUGGAAUCUGCACGAAUUAGGCUUUUUCAUGGUAUAUACCAGCACUUUAUAUCCCAAGUAGAAGAGCCGCCACGGUUGCUCCAAAAGUAAUGAAAACGGGGGGCUCGUGCCGCCGGAGUAGGACCACCACCUUAAUGUGAAUUGUCAUGUCACAAAAUCACAGCCCAAAGGGUGUACAAUAUUUCAGAGUCAGUUAGUGGCUAGUAGCUGGACAGUUCCCGAGAUCUUUGUUGGUCCAAUUCGUGCUGCUGGCGUUGCAGGUGACUGGUAGUCAGGAUUGAUUUGGCGCUGUAAAUCUGCACCUAUAGGUGCAGAGCACAGGCAGUACUUGGUAACGCGCUUUUUUCUUACCUUGCCACACUGUUCACAAGAAUGACCAAGGCAGUGUCAGUCAGCGGUAGCAUGUAAUGAACGAUGCGUAACAAGUCGAGAACAGCAAAACGAGCCUCCUGCUUCAUGUGUAAGGAGACCCUUUGACAAUGGGACACAAUAUCACCGCCUUUGUCGCACCGUGUCUGGUUCCCUGGUGAACGUGCAAGAAGUAUAUAUAUUUGUGCCAAAUGCUUGAGACACAAGAAACCAAAAACAGAUGUGAGAGAGAGAGAUAUUAAUGUCACUGUUUUUAUGUGUGUGCAUGCUGAUGCAGACGGCCCUGCACACACAACCGAGGAAAAAGUAUUUGACGAUUUUCGUGUGACGUGUGCCGUUCACCGUCUUUGUUUGUUGUCUGGGCCCCCAGUGUUUUUUGUGAGAAUGGGCCCGUGAUGUGGUGGUCAAAAACCCAGUUCUGUGAAAGAAAAAAAAAUCAACUCUUGUCGGUCUAACUGUGGCCUCUCUCCCAAGUCGUCCUGCCUUGCUGUUGUCCCCCUGCAUCGGUGUUAAAUUAAUUUAUUAGCUUUAAGUGUCGGUUCAGCGUGCCGUCUUUAUCACUUUGGCGCUUGGGUUUGUCCAAAAUGUUUUUUUAUUCUUUCAAUUUCUUUUGAUCACUUCUUUCCAAAAUGACGUCAUUGUAAUGAGACUUUAAUGUAGUCAACAUCAAGAACAUUGCUUUAGCAUUUUUGUUUGUGACCAGUUUAUUUUUUUCAUUUUUGUAAGUAUCGAGACAAAAGGUUUGUACAACAUGUUGGCUCACUUUCUGGUCAAGCUGUCCUUAUACAAUGUGACAUGGCCCAGUGUAAAGGAUGGCACAGUGGAGCUUUUAAUGCAGCCUUUCCUUUUGGCGACAUCACAAGAACAUAUAUCAAGCACGCUUGGAACUAGGAUUUCUUUUGCAUGACGAAGUACUAAACACAAGGAACAGCUACAGGCAUGCAACACUUGUAAUAAAGUUGAGGGUGAUACAAAGGAAAAGGAACUAAGAAUAGGGUAGUGGUUUAAGGCUGAAAAAUUCUACUAGCUUUUGGAAAAGCAUGCAUUUCGCAUUCUCUGGGUCUUCUGAAUGCAUUAAGACAGUGGUGUGAGGAGGAAAAAGUUUCCUGAGCUUGUUAAAGUGCUUCACAGUGUAGUAAGCAAGUACUAUUGUCGAGUCCGUGGGCUGUGGUAAGCUGUGUUCGUAGUAUCUGAGAGGUCUGCAAAGUUUACUUUUGGCGAGUUUGAUUGGUGCCAUCGUUGGCACAAGUCAGCCCAUCGGAGCCUAUCAUCUGGGUGAGCCGCCUGUCUAAUUGUUCACUGCUGCGUAGCCCUCCUGGUUCCGAGCAUGCUGUGUUGGCGGCAUACAUUGACUCUUAUCGAAAAGUUAUUCAGGUUCAAAUGCGUUGUGUCAGCUGAUGCUCGAAACUUUCAUGCUGCUGUUGCACAACUCCAUGCACUGCUGAGGAUCUCAGUGGUACAUCUUGUAGACUGUAUCGGAACGCCCUGAUGUAGUUGUGAUGUGGUUCCCCAAAGUACAUACUGACCAUCACACAGCCAGAAAAAAAAAAACAUGGACAUAAGAAAAGCACAUUGUAGCCUUCUCCACUUGACGACCUCACACGCACACAUACACACACAUAUACACGUGCAUUCGUAUAUUGAACAUAUAUUGAACAUGUGAGGGACGGCACAUACAAUUGCUUUUCAUUUGAUCUUUUCUUCUUUUUGACUAUCGAUACAGGAUGUAUAGUCACUUUAUAGAGAGAUAUAUGCCUUCAGGAAAGUAACAACAAAAGAGCCUCUUCAUAUGUCUUGCCGCUCCCCUCUUGUCCCGAAUCCACCCCCGUUCAUGUUUGUGAAUCGUGCUGUGUAUUUGUGUGUGAAAAACAGUUAAGUGAAACUACCACUUGUGUGUGUAAUGUAAGACAGACAUAAGAGGGGUAAAAAAAAGUAAAUACGAGGGUCGUGGUCGGAGGAGGAGAGCAUUAUGUGUUUCUAUACAGUGCAAAGGCGAUUAUUUUUGUACCUGAAGACAAAAAAAGAGUUAGGCCCUCAAAGGCGGCCUCCUUUCUUUUUUUUUUUUCUUUCACUAUUGAUUUCUUCUUGUUUUGCCUUUUCUCCCUGCAGCUGCUUAUGCUUAAGUUCCCAUGAGCAUGAACCUUACUUUAAGGUAAAGACAUAGCUUUUAUUUUUGUUUGUAUAUGAAGACGCCACUGUGUGUGGCGGCAGUCUUGGGGAUCUGUGACACAGACCGAUACCAGAGGUUUACCUUUGAGGUUAAUGCAUUGAGUUUAUGCAUUUUGUGGAAUGCAUGGCUGCUUUCUCUCAAGUUUGAGCAAAACAGCCUUGAUUCAGCCGCAAAACCUGCUGAUUUACUUCGCAGUGCAGAUUUAUUGUUUCUUAUCUCAGCUGUGAUGUUGACAUCAGUAUGUCACCUUUAUGCAGCCAUUGGUUAUUUUGUUCUGUUUGACGAUAGCAAGCAGUCACAGCCAAUAGAAGCAGGGAAGUUUGACAUGUCCUGCAAACUUCAUUAUUACUUUUUUUUUUCUUAUUGACCUGUAGUUUUCAUUACGUGUGCAUUGUUUGGGCCGAGAAAUCAUAAGCAUGUUUACCAACAAACGUGCGUGCACAAACCCAGUUGGUUGCAGACGGCUUCAGUUGCAGAAGUGAUUGCAGACACAGAAUUUCCUUCCAGGGCUGAAUCCUGAUCUGCUAUCACUCUAGUUAAAGAAGUUGUGGGGUCCACCUAAAGUUCCUUCAGUAUGACAGCCCUUGGUGCUUCGUUUUAGCAAAUUAAGCAGAAGCAUCUCUUCACAUCAUCCAGCAGAGUAGUACUUUCCUUGUCUCCUGCUUUAGAGCCAAAUUUGUGCCAUUUUCACAGCUGUCAUUGGUACGCUUAUGAAAUCAUGAGUUAUGGCGCGUCGAUCACGCUGGCCUGUCAAUACUAUUGUGAGCUUGGAAACACCAUACACAUCACUGUAGUGAUAGCUUUGGAUGCACUGCAAAUGUGGCAGCAAGGUUACCAUCUGUGGUUUUGUGUACUUCAACUAUGGUGGAACCCGCCACCAUAGUGUUAGAGUUCGUACAGGGCUUGACUCCCCUUUACAUUUAAUUUUUAAUUGUAGCGAGCCCCUCUAGGUUCCAUAGACCCACACUUAUCGGAUUAGUUUUCACUCAACAUGGUUUUGUUUUUCUUAUGUUUGAAAAUAUAUAUUCAGUAAUGCUCAUUAAAUAAUAGCGUGUCUGCUAAGUUGCAUGCUGUGAAGCAGUGCUAAGCUUUGGGUGUCUCGAAGUGUACCCCCUGUUUGGAAGCUGACGGGAAACUAAGUAACCAGCCUUUCUUUGUUGUAUUCAUCAUUUCUUGUUCAGCAGCCUUGUGAAGAUAUGCCUCUGUAUGUUUAUAAAAGCAGUGACCGUGGCUGAAGUGGUCACAGGAGAGAGCAUUUGCCUUCUGAGACUGCUCCUCGAAAUUUGAACUUCAUCUCAACAUUUUUUCUUGCCGCCUGUACUUGAAUGGGAUUCUGUGUCCACAUAAUUUCUCUACUACGUUACAAGAGCGAGAAGUGAUGUUUGCCGUUUAAUUUGUUGUUACACUGCUUAUUUCUGACUGCGCACAUGCGCUUUGUUAGAAAAAAAAUACGGUUGCGCAGUUAACACCCUUCAGGGAGUGUUCACCCAGCGGUGUGCACUGGUUUGCACCCUACAUUUGACUCUUUCACUCCCCUUGCAGGGUGUAAAUUGUGCUCCCUUAUUUAGGGUAACAAGCAAAGUCACGCUAGCGCCUUGCUGGUGCCCAUGUAAUGAAUGAAAGUAAUACAUGGGUUGGAAGACCCGUCAGCCCUGACCUCGUGCCCACUGUGUGGUAUAUCGUGGGCCCACUGAAAAAAAAAAAAAGAAGGCUUAUUUUUCGCUGUAAAAGCAUAUAUAGGUUUGUUCGUGUGCUCCUGGCUUUUCUGUUCUCAACAGUGUAUCAUCCCUGUCCACCCUCUACCCUGUUUUUCUUUAGUAUUCUCAUUCUUUGUUCAUGUCUUGGAAUAGUGGAGUUGUGUAUGCAUCCCUGUUUCAUUCAGUGCUGACUGCAAUGCUGCACCGAGAAGCUAUUUUUUUUUUCUUUCGGGUUUACGAGAAUUUGAAUAAAAACACCCAGAGUAAUGGAA